AUGCCCCGUGACAUUUGGCUGAACAUAAAAAAUAACCUCCACCUGAAUGACAAUGACCUCUUGCCUCAAAACAAUGGAAAAGACAAGCCUUUCAAGAUCCGGCCGUUCAUUGACAUACUUCUGCCCAAGUUCCAAGGACUACCGAAAACCCAGAAGCUGGUAAUCGACGAACAAAUGUUCCCAUUCAAAGGCAGAUCAUCGCUGAAACAGUACCUCUCCAGCAAGCCCCAUAAGUACGGCUACAAAAUUUUCGUCCUUUGUGAUAUCCAUGGGAUGACUUACUUGCUGUUUUUCGACAACUGGUUUACGUCCGUGAAGCUUCUUGUCGAGCUGCACCACCGAGGCAUUUCUGCUAUGGGCACUAUCCGUGCCAAUAGGACUCUUGGUUGUAGACUGCCAAGCAACAGCGAGAUGAAGAAGAACGGGACAGGGAGUCACGAGGAAAGGCAGGCUACCUUUCAAGAUGUAGACGUCAGAGUUGUCAAGUGGUAUGACAGUCGCGGAGUCACAAUCGUGAGCAUGUUUGGAAGCGCAGAGCCACUGGGAUAUUGCAAGCGUUACGACCGCAAGCGAAAGGAGACAUGCGAUGUGCCGCAACCAGCUGCUGUGAAGACGUACAACUCAUUUAUGGGUGGUGUGGACCUGCUGGAUGGUCUGAUGGCAUACUACAGUAUUUUUCUAAAAUUGAAAAAAUUCUACCUCCAAUUUUUUUUCCACUUCGUGGACAUGGCUCUAGUCAGCAGCUGGCCGAUGUACCGGAGAGUCGGCGACGCCCUGGCUGUUCCAAAGAAGGAGCAGCUAGACCUGCUAAUGUUCAAGGUAUGCCAACUUCGAAAAACCUCCGAAGACGUAUUCGCCGUCCUGAAAUCUGUGAUGUCCAUGAGGAAUCCCCUCAUCGACGCAUCGCAGAGUUGGGAUGACGUCACCUGGUUGAAGAGCAUCACCCAUUUACCCGUGGUUGCCAAAGAAAACACCACAGGUGCGCACUUGUCUGUUGCCUUUACAUGA